GCCUUAUCAAGGCUUUAAAAGUUGAGACUUUUGUUUGGAAAUAUGGAAAAUUACAACGAUAAUAAUUUUAUUUUCUCUACGACACAACGACCCUGUGUAGACUAGUGUGUAGUCGUGUAGUGUGUUUCGUCGCUGAACUGCUCUCAUAGAGCGCAAUAAGAUUAAAUGUUGAUUACACUUUUAGACUGUUCAACUUCAACAUUUCUCACUUCGUCUGUAAUGCAGUAAAUUCUCGCAAGUUCGCAAUCGGUAUGCUCAACCUUUAUUUUUAGUUAAUUUUUUUUACAAAUGUUCAAAAUACGCUUUCGUUUACUGCCGUCGAUGUGCUUAUGGAGUCGUUGGAUACAUUAAACCUACGAGUAGGCGAAUGUUCAUUUUUGGAGAUAGCCUUGGCCGAUGUCAACCAUUACAUUAACACUUUCGUUUUAGAAAAGAAAAUAAAUGUGGUACUCAUUUUCCCUCCAUUAAGUGCACGUAAUCGUUUUCUAGUGCAUACUCUGGUGCAACAAUUUUUUAAAGAAUUGAAUACCAUAUCUAUUGGUAGUAGCUACGGAAGACGCACAGUCGUUUAUCAUUCUUCACUUAAACCAAUGCUUUGUGAAACAGAGCUGGAUGAUGCUGAAAUGCAUGGUGAAAAUAAUUCUAGCAUACAUCGAGCAUAUAGAACUCCUAACGAAAGGAAGGCCCAAGAAAGAUUAUUUCAGUCACUUAAACCUAAAACAUUAAAUCCAAGUACAAGAUCCCAUCAGCGUAAACAAUGUAAAAGGCCAGAUAUACCUAUUUAUAUACCUAAAGCACUUAGGGGAUUAACCAAUAAUACUGUUUCCAAAACUAGCAGUACAAAUAGUAGUUCAGAUUCAACUCAAUCGAAUAAACUUGAUGCUAAUUCUAGAACUCAAAAUGAUUCAAGCAACACAUUAUAUUCAAAAGAUAUGAAGGAUUCAAUAUCAUUAUUUAAUCACAAUCAACAUAAUAAUAUUUUAUUAGCAUCUUUAGAUUCAUUUAAAUUUGUAGACUUAUCAAAUGAAAUGUUUAUUGAUGAUAUUAAUAAUGAAUUUAAGACUUCAUAUCACGAUGUUUCAUCUCAGUUCUCAGAUUCUGUAUCUUCUACUAUUCUUCCAGAUUCUGUAGGUAUAAGUGAAUGUAAUUCAAAUUCAUCUGUAACAAAUCAAAUAAUUAAAAUUAAAGAUGUUAACUUGGAGCAUAAUGAAUUAGAAUCUAAUAUUGUGGGAACUAAAAUUAACAACUGUGAUAGUGUUGUAACAGGAAGUGAAAAUGUCAGUAGUAUAAGUAUACAAAAUUCCACACCGGUUAAUACUGUUAAUUUACCUGACUAUCAAAUAUCAGAUGUUAACGAAAGUAUUACUACUAAUAAUGCACUAUGGCCUCAAAAAACUGCGGAAUCAAUGGAUCCAGUUUUAGUUAAUGAUAACAUUUCGGAAACGUCUAAUAACCAACCAGUUGAAUUGCAUAAAGAAAAUGAAGUUUGUUUUUCUAGUGUGCCUGAAAAAGCAUUACAAGAAGAACACGAUAUUAACUGUCCUCAUUAUUGUUUGGAUGAUAGUUUCACAAGUGGGUCAUUAACAGGUAUAGACAAAAAUGAUUCUAAAAACUUAAAUGAAGAGUUGACUGUUCAGCAAAGUCCAGUGUUAAUUAAUAAGUCUCUAGAAAUUCUUGACAUUAAUGAAAAGAAAAAUGAAAAGAAAAAAAAAAAGAAAAAGAUUUUAGAUGUAGAUGAAUGUAGCUGGGAAGAUAUGUAUGAUAAGGAGGAUGAUUAUAUACAUCCAUUACUUAUGAAAGAAUUAGUUUCUACAAUAGGAAAGGUUCAAGUACAAUGUGCAAAAGAAGAUUACCGUAGUUUUCAAACAAUUGAAGAACGAUCAGGUGACGGUGAGUGUGUUAUUGAGGUGUAUGGUUUUUCUUCUGAUCUGAAAACAAUUGAUCUAAUGAAUCAAUUUGCUGCGUUUCGUAAAAAACAUUUUGAAAUUAUUUGGGUGGAUGAUACUCAUGCAUUAGCAGUAUUUGAAAGUCCACAAUUAGCUGAUCAAGCAUUGAACACACCAUUAGUUCUUGUGAAAACCAGGCCUCUUAAGAAUGCUACCAAAGAGUCAAAACUCAGAGCGGCUACUGUUGUUCCUCUCCCAGCAACUAGGCCUAAAACUUGUACUGCAAUGGCCAGACGACUAGUGAGUAGUGCUUUAGGACUUAAGAUGAAUGUAUCACCAGAUCUUAUAAAUGCUGAACGUACAUUGUUGGCAAAUGCUAAAGAGAAAAAGAUUCGUGAUGCUCAACAAAAACACAAUAUAUGGAACAAUGAAUCAUGAUGACAUGAUCAUUACCAUAGUGUAAAAAAUAUAGUAAAUUAUUUUUUUAACGCCAC